AUGGUAAAUUUAGCUGAUGGGUUAAAGUUGACACAUGUGGAUGAAGUCAUUGAGGAGCUUUUGACGAAGGAUUAUUCUUGUGAUAUUGCAAUGCCACGUUUGAAGAAAAGGAUCAUCACCGUAGGAGUCCUGAAAGACAAAGAGAGAGGGACAGAGAGAGAUGGGAGACGUGACAGUCAUAGACACAGUUGUAUUUGUCUCUGGACGAUGGUGAGAAAGACACAGGUCAAUUGGAGAGAGAAAAGGUGGACCACGACCGACUCCUCAUCUUUCUUCAGGUUCUGGUUCUUCCUUUGGAGAGCCGGUUGGUCCAUAACCGAAUGGCCCAGAAUUAGUUGGCUCAAAUACCUCAGUUACCUCAAAUGUCCAGGAGAAGAAGGAAAUGUAGCACGCGAAGUUCAUAGGUACGAUAAAGCCAUGUAUGGUAUCAGCCAAUCAGAGAGAACUGUGUAUUGGGAAGCUCGAAACGAAAGUAAAGAGGAUGACAGAGGAUCAGAUUAG